AAAGAAACCGAUGCACAUUAGCAGGAGCAGUAUCGAACAAGCACAUCCCGAUCCAUCUGAGCUCCUGAUUCGAAGCUACCGCCCGAGGCCAUGGGGCUCUGCGCGUCGAUGCUGCAGCGGAGGACGGAGGGGCGGUACCCCGAGCCGAGGCGCGGCACGGCGAGGGCGCUGUUCGUCGUCAGAAGCGACCGCCGGCCGUCGAACCCAGAGGCGCUGGUGGUCCGGGUGCAGGACUCCGGUCGGACACAGCUCCGGAGACAUGGCACUGGCAGGGCGGAGAGUGGAGGACGCGGGGGGUGCUGGCAGCAAGGCACGGACGCGCUGGACAGGAUGAUCACUCGCGCUCGGAUGCCCCGGCUGCCUUGCGCGGGCAGCGGGACCGUCGGGGUCGAGCCGGACGCGGCGUUGCGCACGCGUCAGACGGCGUUGCGCACGCGUCAGACGGCGUCGGCGGAGCGAGGUGCCCCACCAGGGCUCGGGGUCGAGCCGGACGCGCCGUUGUAUACGCGCAAGACGACGGCGGCGGCAGACCGAGGGGGCCUGCCAGGGCCGCGCUGGACGCCACCAACGGCCCCAGCGACGGCGACGCCGGCCAUGACACCCAUGGGUGGGGCGCCAGCGGCACCGAGUACGCCGGCCUCGGCAGCCAUGACGCCGGGCCGGCCGGUGUGGCAGAGGAGGAUACUGAUGGGGAUGCGGUGCGAGCUGCCGCGGUUCAGCGGGCUCGUGCUGUACGACGAGCACGGCCGGCCCAUCCAGGUCGGCACCCCGGGCAGAAGGAACCACCGCCAGGGGAAGAAGAAGACUGCCAGGACAUCUUCCACCACAACUCUCAGGGACCUCUUAUAGGCUAGAGCUAGCUGCGAUUCAUUGACAGAGAAUGCUUCUCUGUCGAAUGCUCUGUUGUAAAGCGGCAAAUACUUCUCAUGCGAGUAUAUCAAUGUUCUAGUGUCGAGAAAUUGUUUGGAGGCCUUCACUGUAACAUUGCAACUU